AUGCUGGCUGGUGCAGCGACCAAGGACCUGGAGCUGCCUCUGACGCUGACACUGGAAGAGGUGCAGCGCGGCGGGGAGAAGGAUCUGACCAUUAUUCGCCGUCUGGCCGACGGCGUGUCUGGCCGGCUCAUCUCCGUGGACGAGGCCGUGGCUGUGCAGCUGACACCCGGCAUCCGCGAGGGCACCAGGAUAGUGCUGAGGGGGAUGGGCGACGAGGCCCCCGGGAGGGGCUGCUCAGACCUUGUGCUGGUGGUGCGAGAGGCGCUGCACCCCCAGUUUGAGCGCAGGGCCAAUGACCUGGUCACCUGCGUCAGCCUACCCUUGCUGCAGGCGCUCACAGCAGACAGCAUCCUCGUGCCCACCCUUGGCGGAGGUUCACUGCCGGUGGCCUUACGCGGGCCAAUCACGCCAGAGACGGUGCUGCGAGUGCCCGGCAAGGGGAUGCCGGUGCCAGAGGAUCCGGGCAGGUCCGGCGAUCUGUGCGUGCGCUUCCGUAUAGAAUUCCCGUCGGCUGUGACAGCCCAGCAGAAGCACCAGCUGCAUGCUGCGCUGCAGUGA